AUGAGCUCUUCCAACAACCAAGCAUGCGAGGCUCUCAACGGCAAGCAGCAGAGACAGUACCAGUGUCUUUGUAUUUUGCUCCAAGCUGUCAACGAGACUUGCAAGCAUAGGAGCGAUAUCAGAUACUCCUCCGGAAAGAGUCGCGGCUACGCCCUCUUGACCGAUUUUCAGAAGGCCAUUUGUAAAAUCGCACAAAUUCUCGAUAACGAGAAGGGUGGCGAUUCUGCCACAGCGCUUAUCGUUGCGAAGGGGCUGCGUGGACCAGACUACGUUUUUGCUUCAAACCUGAAGAAAGCACCUGAACUCGAAAGAGCCAAGUCGUUCCUCUCUGAUCUCCUCGAGUACGUGGGAAGUAACCCUGAUGAAUUGGCUCCUAAGGCACUGCAAAAGCAAGUCUUGGAUCGUAUUCUUGAGUUCAAUUUUCUCAGAUUUGAUGCAUACCUAAACGGACUGGGCACUGCUUUGCAGUCUUGCAUCGAUAACUGCGAGAGAUCACAGGAGCCUAGCAGGUCCAGCGAUAUGGCUCAGUUGCAAGCCAUCAAACAAAAGUCCCUGUUUCCUCGCGACAUGACUUCUUCUACUAAUUCCAAAAACAAAUGUAAGAGGCCAGCCCCACCACCUUCAUCUCCCACAUUUGCAAAAACACUAGGGACUAAACGAGAUUUGGAAAUAGUUUUCCGUGACUGCGAAGAUCUCAUCAAAGCUAUACAUAACAGCCAAAAUACCGGAAUAGAUAAAGUCUUGCACAAGUACAUUGGCACUACCGAGCCAGAAAUUUCAUAUCAAUGGAGUCAGCUGCGCCAUCAUCUUGGUCGUCUUCAUUCAUUUCGUCAAGCUUCCGAGGCCAUAAUCGAUGCUUCCACAAAGUGGCCCUUGUUAUUCAAAAACUUCACGGUCAAUUACAUUCCAUCAUCCCGUCCUCGAAAGUUCACUCGAAUCCACGGACUGAACGCUUCCCCAACGGACAUUAUUAAGGCUGCUUUUCCAGAUCAAGAUCUAUCAUAUUACGAGGACGACAUCGCGGAGCUUCGCACGUACGGCCUGGAUGAACAAAUCCAGAAGCAGGAGCUUAAAUUUCCAUCGAAGAGUCUGGUUCACUGCGAAGCGAAUUUGCACAGUCAUCUUAUCACAGCUGGCAAAACUCGACCUUGCGACUUCUGGAACGAUGUCAUGUUUAUCGCUACUAGCAAGCCUCCCUGUAGGCUCUGCUAUUACUAUUUUCAGGACGGCGACAAUGACUUUCAAGUACAGUCGUCCCACAUGAACCUUUACCCUCGAUGGCGGCUCCCCGAUAUUGUUGAUUCUAACGAUGAAGCAAGCAUUGGACAUCGUGAGGAGCUGAUAGAGGAUAUGUUCGAGCACAUGCAGGACAGUAUACUGAAUGUUUUACAAGAGAAGUUCCCUCAGUGGAAACGGAAUGAUUCUCGUACAGACUCGCGAGGCUGUACAGAUAUUCGAGAGGGUGCGGAUAGUAGAACUCCAAUUGGCGGACACUAUGUGCCACCCUCGGUCAUGGAUGAUGACGAUUACGUGACGGAAAUACACACUGAUACUUUUGGUGUUGCCCAUUAA